UUCCCGCCAAAUGAGAGGAUCUAAAACGUUAGCCGACUACUAGUGCUGUACGAAAAUCGGCUGAAGCCGCUACGUAAGCAUUUACGUCAAUCUGAUUGCUAUUUCAUUCUUCUAUAAAUUAAGUAAUGCUCUAGAGAUUGAGAGGGGGGGUCAACCACCGUUUGUCAGCGUAGAGAGAGAACGUUAGAGAGAGAGAGUGAGAAGAGAACGCCAUGGCAGGAGAACAGAAGCCUAAACCUCACGCGGUGUGCAUGCCCAACCCAGCACAGGGUCACGUAUUCCCCAUGUACAAGGUCGCCAAGCUCCUCUACUACAGAGGCUUCCACGUCACCUUCGUCAACACCGAGUACAACCAGCGACGCCUCCUCCGUUCGCGUGGACCCACCGCCCUCGACGGCCUCCCGUCGUUCCGAUUCGCCGCCAUUCCCGACGGCCUCCCGCCCGUCGACGGAGACGUCACCCAAGGCGCGUGGCAGCUCUGCGAGUCCAUGCCCAAGAACUGCGGCGCUCCCUUCAGGGACCUGCUCGGAAAACUCAACUCGUCGGACGACGUCCCUCCGGUGACCUGUGUGGUUUCCGACGGAGUCAUGAGCUUCACCCUCGAGGUCGCUGAGGAACUGGGUAUUCCGAAUGUUCUGUUCUGGACCACCAGUGCUUGUGGGUUCUUGAGCUACGCCUACUAUCGCCAAUUGGUCGAAAAGGGUUUUACACCCUUCAAAGAUGAGAGUUAUUUGACAAAUGGGUACUUAGACACACUGAUAGAUUGGAUACCAGGCAUGAAGGGUAUACGUUUGAAGGAGCUUCCGACAUUUAUUCGAACCACGAACCCUAAUGAUGUCAUGCUAAACUUCGCCAUCAAUGAAGCUGAGAGAUCUCACAAGUGUUCUGCUAUAAUUUUGAAUACAAUCGACGUCUUGGAACGAGAUUGUUUGGACGCACUUGCACCGAUGUUUCCUCCUAUAUACCCAAUCGGUCCUCUUCACCUCCUAGAGAAGAAACAACUCCCAGAAAACGACGAACUCAAAUCCAUUGGACUGAAUCUACUGAAAGAAGACUCUGGGUGUCUCGAAUGGCUUGAUUCAAAACAGCCCAAUUCGGUGAUCUACGUGAAUUUUGGCAGUGUGGCUCGAAUGACAUCGCAGCAGCUUAUUGAAUUCGCUUGGGGACUUGCCAAUAGCAAGCAGAACUUCUUAUGGGCCAUUAGGCCUGAUCUAGUCCUCGGUGACUCGGCCGUUCUUCCACCGGAGUUCGAGGAGUUGACCAAAGAAAAGGGUUUCCUGUCAAGCUGGUGCCCUCAGGAGCAGAUCCUUACCCACCCGUCGAUCGGAGGGUACUUGACACAUUGUGGGUGGAAUUCAAUUCUUGAAACCAUUUCCGGUGGCGUGCCUACCAUAUGUUGGCCGGCUUUCGCGGAGCAGCCGACCAACUGUUGGUUCUGUUGCAACCAUUGGGGGAUUGGCAUGGAGAUUACUGAUGUUCACAGGGAUGAAGUGAAGAGACUUGUGAGGGAGUUGAUGGUUGGAGAGAAGGGGAAAGAGAUGAAGAGAAGAGUCAUGGAGUGGAAGAAGAGUGCUGAAGAGACCACUUGUACAGGUGGGUCAUCUUACAACAACUUUUAUGAUAAGAUGGUGGAUGAGGUGCUCUUGUCCAAAUUUCAGACUAGUUAAACAUUACCAAUAUUUGGGAAUUGAAAUUUGGUUUCUUGAUCAAUAA